AUGUCAAGCCUUUCAACAAAAACAGAUUUACUUGGUGACCCAGAUUUUAUCCGUCUUCAAAGUGUUGAAGUAGACGGUAGUGAAGUUAUACCAGGCGAAACUAGACCAAGAAGAAACACUAAAUUCCCAAAAUUAACAAAUUCACCAGACGGUAAAACCUUUACCUUGUAUGAUGUUUAUAGAAUAAAUAAAGAUUCAGAUUCAAACUUUUUAGGUAUUCGUGAAUUAUUAGCAGAUGGCAAAAGAGGUGAUUACAAAUGGAUUUCUUAUAAACAAGCAUGCAUUAGAGCAAAUAACAUUGGUUCAGCUUUAGUUCAAUUAGGUUUAAAUAAGGGUGAUAGAAUUGGUAUUUUUUCAAUUAAUAGACCAGAAUGGGUUUUAUCAGAUAUGGCAGCAAUGAAUCAUUCACUUGUACCAGUUGCAUUAUAUGCAACAUUAGGUGCCAAUGCAAUUGAAUAUGUUGUUAAUCAUUCAGAGAUUUCAGUACUUUUAUGUGAAGGUAAAAAUGUUGAAAAGAUUCUUUCAAUGCCAGGUACAACCAUUAAAACAAUUGUCAGUUAUGAUCCAUUACCACAAGCAACAUUAGAUAAAUUCAAGGAUAAUGAAAACGUUAAACUUUACCUCUUAUCAGAUUUUGAAAAAUUGGGUGAACAAAAUCCAGCCCAACAUGAAGUCCCAUCACCAGAAGAUUUAUGUACAUUACUUUACACCUCUGGUUCAACUGGUAAUCCAAAGGGUGUAAUGUUAACUCAUACAAAUAUGGUCAGUGAAGUUGCAGGUGCCAACUUUUCACCAGCAGGUGUAAUUCCAGAGGAUGUUCAUAUGUCAUACCUCCCAUUGGCUCACUCAUUUGAACGUGCCGUCGUUUCAUUGAUGUGUUAUGUUGGUGGUCAAAUUGGUUUCUUCUCUGGUUUAAUUCCAGAGUUAUUCAACGAUAUCCAAGUUUUACGUCCAACCUUUUUAUGUGGUGCCCCAAGAGUAUGGCAACGUCUUCACGACAAACUUUGGUUCACUGUCAACAAUGAUAGUUGGUUAAAGAAAUUCCUCUUCAAUUGGGGUCUCAACUCUAAACAAUCUGCAUUAAGACUUGGUUCAACCACUCCAAUUUGGGAUAAAUUGGUUUUCUCAAAAACAAAGGAUAGACUUGGUGGUCGUGUUAAAUUCAUCCUUUCCGGUUCCGCUCCAUUGGAUCCAAAAUUAGCCGAAUUCUUACGUGCUUGUUUCUGUUGUCCAGUCGUCUCUGGUUAUGGUCUCUCUGAAAAUGUAGGUGGUGCCUCUGUUGCCUAUCCAGAAGAUAACAAUGUAGGUCAUGUUGGUCCACCACUCAGUGCCUGUGAAAUGAAAUUAAUCGACGUUCCAGAGAUGAACUAUUUCUCUACUGAUAAACCAUGUCCAAGAGGUGAGGUUUGUAUUCGUGGUUUCAACGUUUUCAAAGGUUACUUUAAGGAUCCAGAAAAGACCAAAGAAGAUCUCAAAGAAGAUGGUUGGUUCCAUACUGGUGAUAUUGGUCGUUGGAAUGAAAAUGGUACCCUCUCAAUCAUUGAUCGUAAGAAAAAUAUCUUCAAAUUAUCUCAAGGUGAAUACGUUGCCGCCGAAUAUUUGGAAUCUGUUUUCGUUCGUUCACCAUUUGCCUCUCAAGUAUUUGUCUAUGGUGAUUCAUUAAAUAGUUUCUUGGUUGGUGUUGUCGUACCAGAUUUUGAAGUUGUCCAAAAAUUAUUCGCUUCCAAAUAUCCAGAACUUGAUGUUUCAAACCAUGCAACCCUCGCAAAAUCAAAAGAACUCUACAAAGAAAUUUUAUCAAGUUUCGAUGCUUGCGCUGCCGAAGCCAAAUUACAUGGUUUUGAAAAAUUAAAACAUAUCUACGUAGAACAUGAACCAUUCACUGAGGAAAACAAUUUAUUAACUCCAUCAUUCAAACCAAAGAGACCACAACUCAAAGAAAGAUAUCAAACCAUUAUUGAUACCCUUUAUGCUGAAUACAAACGUGAUCAUCCAGACGUAUAA